GCACCUUCCGCAGUAUGUUCAAUUCAGGAACCAGGCACCAUUUAACUCGCUCUUUUUGUCCACAUUAGAUAACCGAUUUGCUGUGUAAUUCCCCACGGAGCAGCAAUCAUUUUAAGGUUUGGAUGACGCGUACGCACAUCCGCUUCGCCCCUUGUUUCGCCAACCUGGAAACAAGGCCCAACACCACGAGAAGGCAAACACGCCGAACAUUUUGUGUCACAUCUCACUCAUCACUCCCAGAUCCUUUGAUCAUUCAGUUUGAGGCGCCAAAUCUCACACUGAGCACCACAACAUAGCCAUACCUUACUUGACCUCACUCGAUCUCAUUCUCAUUGCCCGGGCCACUUAUUCGCAUGAAGGGAAUACAAGAAGGGGAAGAAUAAAACCAACAACCAAAACACACAAAAAAUGUCCCACCACCACCCCUUCAAAUCCCUCGGCCCCCUCUCCUGGGCCACCGACAUCGCCCCCCACACCACCAGCACCAAAGACGACACCGACAACACCACCGCCCUCACCAGCCUCUUCACCUCCACCCUAACCAACGCCCAGCUCCUAAUCGACUCCAUCCCCCCAUCCACCUCCUCACCAACAACACCAGCAACAACAAGACCAUCAACACCCCCAGGCCGCGCCCGCUCCCACACCGACUCGGCCGUCUCCCCUCCCUCAGGCACCACCACAACCACCGCCACAAAACAUGACACCACAAAACAUGCCGACGACAAUGAAAGACACGCGACGCUGACAAAGCUCAGCCGUGAGUGGAAGGAUCUGAAGAUGCAGCAGGGCGGUGGCAGCAGCAAUGGGAACCCGCAUGGCAUUGCCAUGUACAAGAUGGGUGCCAAGGAUGGGAGGGGGGCGUGGUUUGCGAGAAGGAGUUUCCAUCGCGUUGGGCCGGGGGGCGUGGGGUUUGAGCGGUGGGAAGCGGCGCUGAGGAGGGAGAUGCAAGUCACCCUGGAACGGGUCGAGGCGGAACCGAGGAAGGAACCGGGGACGGGGAAUGUUCGCGGGAUUGGGGCUGAGAGGAAGGUUGAUGGGGUGGAGUUUGAGGGCGGGAAGAUGGGUGUGUAUCACGUCUCGGCCAGGUUCCCAGGCCCGACGACGCCGCGGGACUUCAUCACGCUGAUUAUGACGCCCAAGGAGGAAAAGAAACCCCGCGGUAGGAAACGCGCGCCGAGACAGUUCAUGGUCGUCUCGAGGCCCUGCGACCACCCCGACUGCCCACCCAGGCCGGGCUUUGUCCGCGGGACUUACGAGUCGGUCGAGGUCAUCCGCGAGGUGCCCGUUGAGAAACCGCUCCGGCGUGUGAGGUCCUCGGUUGAUCUAAGCAGGGACGACGCAAAUAGCGCGGCAGUAACCGGCGAGCCCAUCAGCAAGGAGGCCGUGCUGCGUGCUGCGAAGCAAGCUGUGGGCGAAGAGGCCGAGUCGGAGGGCGAGGGCGCCAAGACCGUGUCAUUCCGCCUGUCUGACGACGCCGACAGCGACAUGGAGAUGGCGAUCGAGUGGCUGAUGGUCACUCGCAGCGACCCCGGAGGCAGUGUGCCGCGGUUCAUGGUGGAGAAGGGGACGCCAGGGGGAAUUAUCAACGAUGCCGGGAAGUUUGUCAAGUGGCUUUCCUCGCAGUCGAUGGAAGAGCUUAUGAAUCCACGGCCAACAAUGGAAAAGGGGAGAGAGAAAGGGACAAAGCCAACUGGGGAGUCACCGGUUAACGAGGGUCCGGGUCGGCUGCCGGCGGACACUGCAGCUGAGGAUCAACUUCCGGAUGGUGAGGCCGGCUAUCAGGAAGGGCCGUCGGCCAACAACAGCGGUAUCUAUGGCAUGCUGAGCAGUGCACUGGGCAUGGCCACGUCCGCGGUUGCCAGCAGGGUAGCCGCCUUCACACCUGCAUCCAUAGAAACCGACUCCGAUAUCAGCGACUAUGAGAGCGAUAAUUCAGACGGGAGCUUCGCCUCAGCCGAGGAUGGUCCCACCACCCAGGUCGAUACGUCUCUGUCCAGCAAAGACGACAAUUCCAACAAAGUCGACACCACUCCGGCAGCCGAGAAUGCCUCCAACCAUUCCACCCACUCGCUUCUCUCCGAGACCACCUCGCAAGCCCUCUCCCGCGAACAAACCCCCUCGGCCGGCCUCUCCCAAGCCCAGGCCCAGCACGAAAAAGAACUGCGCAAACUACAGCAGCGCAUGCACAAAGCCCAAGAGAAACUCGAGCGUGCUAAAGCCCGCCGCCUCGCAAAACAAAACAACAACAACAACAAUAACAGCAACAACAGCAACAGCAACGGCGCCACCACCACCGACCCCGACACCGACUCCAAAACCAAACAAGAACAACAACAACAAGACCAAGACGACCAAGCCCUGACGCGCCUCCACGAGAAGCACGCGCGCGAGGUAGCGCGGCAAGAAGCCAAAUACCAGCGCGAGCUACAGCGGCUGGCCGAGAAGCGGGCGGCGGAGGAGCGCAAGACCGCCGAGCGGCGGCGCAAGGCGGCCGAGCGCGAGGAGCGCGGCAACCUGGCCAUGGAGCUGGGGCGGGCGCGCGCCGAGCGCGACGUGGCGCGCAAGGAGGUCGAGAUGCUGCGGGAAAGGGUGGGGGAGCUGCAGGGGCAGAAUACGAGGCUCGUGGCCAGGCUGGGGAGGGAGGGGGUCGGGUUGGAGGGGUUGGGUGAGCUUUUGUAA